UCCUCCUCUCUCCUAUGUAAAAGGAAAAAUUUCAUGGUUAUCCAGCUACCAAAUCCUAUCUCAACUUUUCAUUUGGGCCCACUACUUACCUCCCGAGUCUCCGCCUCCCCUUUAACUCCCUUAUAAGUACACCACCUCCCAUUCACAAGUCUCUCUCACUAAUCACCACAUAAUUCUUGUUAGUUCUUGUUUAGUCACUAAUCACCACCUCCCUUUAGUUUCUUUUCAAGGACAAGUCUUUUUCUUGAGUUUUCUUUACCAGGGUUCUUUUUGUUUCUUUUGAGGUUUAUUAUUAUUAUUAUUAUUAUUUAGACAGCAGCCAUGAAUGCUCUUGCAGCUACAAACCGUAAUUUCAGACAUGCUGCACGCAUUCUUGGUUUGGAUUCUAAGGUUGAGAAGAGUCUUUUGAUCCCUUUCAGAGAGAUCAAGGUGGAGUGCACAAUUCCCAAGGACGAUGGAACUUUGGCGUCUUAUAUUGGGUUUAGAGUGCAACAUGAUAAUGCUCGUGGGCCCAUGAAGGGAGGAAUUAGAUAUCAUCCCGAGGUUGACCCCGAUGAAGUAAAUGCCCUUGCUCAACUAAUGACAUGGAAGAGUGCUGUAGCAGACAUUCCAUAUGGUGGAGCAAAAGGAGGGAUUGGAUGCAACCCAGGGGAUUUGAGUAAAAGUGAGUUAGAACGUCUGACUCGUGUCUUCACUCAGAAGAUCCAUGAUCUUAUUGGCGUCCAUACGGAUGUUCCAGCACCAGACAUGGGCACAAAUGCCCAGACCAUGGCAUGGAUAUUGGAUGAGUACUCGAAAUUCCAUGGUCACUCGCCUGCCGUUGUGACAGGGAAGCCCAUAGAUCUUGGUGGAUCACUGGGCAGGGAGGCUGCAACUGGCCGUGGAGUUGUUUUUGCUACUGAAGCUUUACUUGCUGAACAUGGGAAGUCCAUUAAAGGUUUGACAUUUGUAGUUCAGGGUUUUGGAAAUGUGGGGUCCUGGGCAGCUAAGAUCAUACAUGAGAGAGGUGGGAAAGUUAUCGCUGUGAGUGACAUCAGUGGUGCAGUUAAGAAUCCAAAUGGAAUUGAUAUUCCAGAACUGAUCAGGCAUAAAGAAUCCACCGGUAGUUUGAAAAAUUUCCAGGGUGGAGACUCCAUGGAUGCUAACGAACUGCUUGUACAUGAAUGUGAUGUCCUUAUCCCAUGUGCUUUGGGUGGAGUUCUAAACAGGGAAAAUGCUGCAGAUGUGAAGGCCAAGUUCAUAAUAGAAGCAGCAAACCAUCCUACUGAUCCAGAAGCAGAUGAGAUUUUAGCAAAGAAAGGAGUUGUGGUGCUUCCUGACAUAUAUGCAAAUUCUGGAGGUGUCACUGUCAGCUACUUUGAAUGGGUUCAGAAUAUUCAAGGUUUUAUGUGGGAUGAAGAGCAAGUGAACAAGACGCUUCAGAACUACAUGACUCGAGCCUUUCAUAACAUCAAGGUCAUGUGCCAGACACAUGAUUGUAAUCUUCGGAUGGGUGCCUUUACCCUGGGUGUAAACCGAGUUGCAAGGGCCACUCUGUUAAGGGGAUGGGAAGCAUAAGUCCUCUCCUCAAGUCUCCAGCUCCUUUUGCCUCGUAUCUUCUUACAGCUGAAGUUGUUUUGCUCUCAUAAAGUCUUCAUAGUUUUCUAUUUGGAUUUUAAGUGUAUUCGUUGAGGGAAUUAUUUUCUUUUUUUGUUCCCAACUUGAAGCUCCUCCUAUCAGCAUUUACAAAAAUUAGUUGUUACCAGUAUUACAGCUCUUGAUUUUGAGACUGAAAAACAUAUGUUGUAAUCUUCGACUGGCCUUGUGCUCCAGUUUAUGAUAUUCAAGAAAAUAAUUUUGCUAGCUAUCA